AUGAAGUGGCAUCACCUUCUUUCUGUUGUUUUUUGGACAGCCAAUGAGGUUUAUGGGUUUCCGUCUCAUCUUCACGGUGCUGUUGGACAUGCCACGGCUUCUAGGCUCUCCAACAAAGUGAACGAAGCCGUCCUCUCAACCCACGAGAAGCGGCUGUUGUUUGAUGCACUUAAAGAGCCCAUUGACGUGAGCGGCCAACAUGAGUUUAUACCUCCAAACUUCGACAAGGGCGAUCAACGUGGGCCUUGCCCGGGCCUCAACGCGUUAGCGAACCACGGUUACAUCAAUCGCAAGGGGGUCACAAGCUUGGUAGAAACUGUGGGCGCUAUCAACAAAGUCUAUGGAAUGGGAAUAGACCUCGCUACAAUCCUCGCAACCAUGGGCACAGUCUUUGUUGGCAAUCCUUUGUCUCUUAAUCCUGGUUUCUCGAUUGGAAGCACUGCCAGUGGAUCGAAUAAUAUCUUGGGUAAUCUUGGGGGACUGUUGGGAAAGCCAAGAGGGCUCAAUGGAUCACACAACAUCAUCGAAGGCGACUCAUCCAACACCAGGGCUGACCUUUACGCCACCGGAGAUGCCUCUACUAUGGUUCUGGGUCAGUUCCAGUCUUUUUAUGACAUGGCAUCGGACCAAGGCACAUAUGACUUUGACACAUUCGUUGAGCGAGCCAAGAUCCGCUUUGACGAGACCAUUAAUACUAACCCCAACUUCUACUAUGGACCUUUUACUGGCAUGAUUGCUCGCAAUGCUGGAUACUUCUUUGCAUGCCGUCUGCUUUCUAAUCAUACAAAAGGAAGCGUUGAAGAUAUCAUGGACCGUGCGACAUUGAGAAGUUUCUUUGCUGUGCAGGAGGAAGGUAAAAAGCUGACUUACAAGCGAGGAUGGGAGAGAAUUCCAACAAACUGGUACCGUAGACCUGUGGACUACGGUUUGGUUGACUUGAACUUGGAUGUCAUCGCUCUGAUUACUAAAUACCCAGAACUCGGAAGUAUCGGUGGUAAUAUUGGAGAAGUCAAUAGCUAUGCCGGCAUUGACAUCAGCGAUAUCACUGGCGGAGUGUUGAAUCUCUCAAAACUACUCAAGGGCAACAAUCUCUUGUGCUUCGUUUUUGAGGUUGUCAAGACAGCUAGUCCUAACUCUCUCUCCACUAUAUUCUCUACCUUAGCCCCCCUUAAGCUUAUUACAGAUACCCUUAGCUCUACUCUCCUGGAUUUGUCAUGCCCUGCCUUGAAGGAUCUUACCGUGGGUGGCGAAAGCCUUGUUGAAGGGAUAAAGAAAAAGUAUCCUGGUACAAAGAUCAAUUCCAAUAUCCUUUAG